AAUAAUAAUUGUCAGUUGAAAUUUUUAUUUUGUAAUAUUUUUUCUUCAUUUCGAAAGCAAAUAAUUUAACUUCACAUUUUCUCUACACUAUUUGAUUUAACUAUUCAAUAUUAAAAUACAAAAUGUAUAAUUCUAUUAAUAAAUUGGGUAUCGCUGAAUAUUCGGCAGAACUAAUGGUAUAUUUUGAAAAACAUAAAAUAAUAGAAAUUGUAACGCGUUUAAUGGUUGAAAUUGGCUUAAUUCGUCCUACUAACCCACAACAAUGGAUCGCCACGAAUAUUCGACGCAUUGCGGAUGAGUUUUAUCAUAAAUGUUUAAAAGCAAGCUAUACAUCCAGUACUAUUGAUUACUACCAAUUGCCGCGACAUUUCCACCAUCGUAUAGUCGUAUUUGGACGCAGUGGUUCUGGUCGCAAAACACAAGCAUUGGCGAUUGCAAAACGUUUUAAUUUAGUUUAUAUUGAUGCAGAAAACUUGAUUUACACAAGUUUCUUUCGAAACGAUGAAGUUGCGCAAAAAUUACAUAAAGCAUUCUUAGAAAAUGUGGCAAAGCAUAAAUCGGCUGCGGUAUCGAAGGUACUACAACAGCGUCUACUGCAAAUGGAUGCCUUACGACAAGGUUGGGUGUUGAUAAACUAUCCACGUAAUGUGGAAGAGUUCACGGAAAUGUUUGAAACGUACAAAAUACCACCCAACAAAGUUAUAUAUUUGCAAUGUCCGGAAGUAAUGGCGAUGCGACGCUUAGUUUCAAAGCCAAAUUUGGGAUGUCCACAAAAUACGUGUGAAUACAUGGAGCAUGAGAUGGCAUAUUUUUCGCAUAACGAAGCAACAGUAAAUGAAUACCUCGCACGUCGUCAUGAGACAAUCUAUGUAGAUUCAACACCUUGUUUUGAAGCUGUACGCACAAACGUUUGGACUCAAAUGGAGCGUUUGCCUUAUGUAAUGGGUUAUAAAAAUUAAUAACAAAUGUUAUAAAAGUUAACAAAAUUUGCAAGUAGUAUUAUAAAUGGCAGUUCUUUAAUUGCUUUUACUUAUACUAGAUCAUAGCUAACUUUUCUACAAAGCAUGUAUGUACAUAUAUUUCAUAUACUUUAAAUAAGAUUUUAAAACAUUAAAUGCUGCACUUCAUUUUGCCAAGCAACCAC